UUAUUAGUAGUAGUACCUAAUUUGUAUUCAUCAUCAAUUUGUGUAAUCAACUAGAAAACUGGAAGGCUAUCAUAGAAAGCUUAUUUGGCGUUUUAAGUUUCCUUCAGACCCUGAGUGAGCCGACUGAAGCUGAAGCCAUGUGGUCCAGCAGCGGCAUCAAGGGCGGCGGAGCGGGGCCCGGCGGGGCACGGCCUCCUCACGACAUCACCAGCCAGCAGGGCCUCCGUCAGCUGUACAACAGCAACGUGGUCCACGCCGAAGAGAUGCGACGCCCGUUAGGAAACAGCACCACGAUGUGGGGGCCAUUCUACCACACCGGCGCUCGGGUCACUCUAGAAGACGGCAGCAAAUACCUGGUUCACAAAGGGUCUGAUUAUGGGGUUAGUUCCAAAACCGUGGUCACUGAUGCUAAACACAUGGGAGAUAGAUGGGUUCAGAAGGGUAGGGUCAGAGAGGUACAGGGAGCAUCCACCGUAUCUGACUUCGUUAAAGCUGGUGGGAAAAGUUACGUUUUCGGUAUUGAUGACUGCCAAAGCGGCGUCAGACGUAUGAUGAAUCGGCCUGGAAAAGGCAAGAAGUAGGCCAUUUCGCCCGCAUAAACAUAAGAUAACCGGCAUGGUCUUGUAUGUGCUCAUAUCCUAUUUAAUGCUUGGUAAACUAGCUUAAUUUGGUUACCAGCUAAGAAUUGCAAUGUCAGCACGGAUUAUCAUUAGAAUAUUAAGACAGUGUGAUAUCUAUUUUGCUGGCGAUAGGCGCGCACAGAACAGCAAAAUUAUUCAAGCAAAAGAGAAAUAAGUAACUCCAAAUGCAAAUCUUUGUUGUGCAAGGAAUGCAGCGAUAAAGAAUUAGCCAAGUAGAUGUAUUGAUAGGGGGCUAGUACGUACAAUGUGUUAUUAUGGGCAUUGUGUACUAUCUUUUGUGUUCUAUUAGGAUUAACAAUGUAAGCUAUAAUAAUAAAUGCUUCCGCUCUGAAUUUACCUUAUUGCCUGGUUCUUAUCUGGUAUUGACACUAUAAAGUAGUUCUUUUAAAAAUCAGACUCCUA